UCUAACUCCUAAACCAAUUCUUUACAAUAUUUUCAGAUAAUCCUCAAAAUGCUUACUCAUCCAAACGGUGAUUCAUAAUUGCACGUUUUCUCCAAUCACUAAUCAAAAUCCAUACAUUAUUAUAAUAUUUCACAAACUCAGAUUCAGAAUCCCUCUUGUUUCUUCCUCUGUUUUUCUUCUUCCUUUUCUGAAUCUUGCAGAAAGUUCAAUUUUUUCCUUAAAAAAUGGCGAAUUUAAGCAUGACCCAGUUGAAAACUCGUAAUUCUGCAUCUCGGUUUUCAUUCAAUUUCUCUAAGAAGGUUUAUCCACGUCCUAGUAGAGUUGAUUUUAAGGUGUUUGCUUCUGAGGGUCAAGUUUCAGAGCCUGAUCUUAGUGUCAAAGUUAAUGGCUUACAUAUGCCAAAUCCGUUCGUCAUUGGAUCAGGUCCACCUGGGACUAAUUAUACUGUAAUGAAAAGAGCUUUCGAUGAAGGUUGGGGCGGUGUCAUUGCCAAAACUGUAUCACUUGAUGCAGCAAAAGUUAUAAAUGUAACUCCUCGUUAUGCCCGGCUACGGGCUAAUGCAAAUGGAUCUGCAAAAGGAGAAAUUAUUGGGUGGCAGAACAUUGAACUUAUCAGUGAUAGACCGCUUGAAACCAUGUUGAAAGAAUUUAAGCAAUUAAAAGAGGAGUACCCUGAUAGAAUUCUCAUCGCUUCAAUCAUGGAAGAGUACAAUAAAGCCGCAUGGGAGGAGCUUAUCGAUAGAGUCGAACAAACUGGAAUUGAUGCAAUUGAAAUAAACUUCUCGUGUCCUCAUGGUAUGCCGGAGCGCAAAAUGGGCGCUGCUGUUGGGCAAGAUUGUGCUCUUCUUGAAGAAGUUUGUGGAUGGAUAAAUGCAAAGGCUACGGUUCCUGUUUGGGCUAAGAUGACUCCCAAUAUAACUGAUAUUUCACAGCCAGCAAGGGUUGCUCUAAGUUCAGGAUGCGAGGGAGUAGCUGCUAUAAAUACAAUCAUGAGCGUCAUGGGAAUCAAUCUCAAUACAUUACGUCCUGAACCUUGCGUUGAGGGGUACUCAACUCCAGGUGGUUAUUCUGCAAAAGCAGUUCAUCCGAUAGCACUUGGGAAGGUUAUGAGUAUUGCAAAAAUGAUGAAAUCAGAGUUUGAUAGUGAGAACUAUUCACUUUCUGCUAUUGGUGGUGUUGAGACUGGUGGUGAUGCUGCUGAGUUUAUUCUUCUUGGUGCAAAUACUGUCCAGGUCUGCACUGGUGUUAUGAUGCAUGGCUAUGGUCUUGUGAAGAAGCUUUCUCUUGAGCUAAAAGAUUUCAUGAAAAAGCACAAUUUCACAUCAAUAGAAGAUUUCAGAGGGGCCUCUCUUCAGUAUUUUACUACACACACUGACUUGGUGCAUAGGCAGCAAGAAGCAAUUAAGCAAAGGAAAGCCAUAAAGAAAGGCUUGCAAUCUGAUAAAGACUGGACAGGAGAUGGUUUUGUGAAAGAAAGUGAAAGCAUGGUUUCUAAUUAAAAAAAGUUGAAUCAAAUUAAUAAACUUUUCUUCUAUGAUUAUAUAUAGCUCAUGCAAAUGAAGUGGUGAAGGAUAUUUAUUUUCUUUGAUUAUUAAUAAAUUGAUACUUGUCCUUCUAAGAAUAUUUUGAAUUGUUUUAUAUUAGGAUGUAAUAAAAGUGUGUUCUCUAAAAA